AUGGCCAAAGCAGCGGACGGCAGCACCGUCCAAAAGCCUGCGCUCAUUUCGCGUUCAAUUGAAUCAAACUCUGAUGUACAAAACAACAAAACGAACUCGCCAGAAUCCCGCCAGCGUUGGUUCCACUGGCAUGAGCCAGGCACUUCAAAGGCCGACAAAAAGCUGAUCUUCAAACUUGACUGGUUUCUCCUCAGCUACAGCUGUCUAUGCUUUUUUAUCAAGCAGUUAGACGGGAACAAUGUCUCUAAUGCCUAUGUCUCCGGUAUGCAAGAGGAGCUCGGUUUUGGACCGGGGAAUGAACUAAGCUGGAUGAACACAUACUUCAGCAUUGGUGCCAUCCUCGGAGGUCCGAUCUCGAACCUUGCUUUGACAGUAAUUCGUCCGAGAUACUGGCUUCCUAGUUGUCUUUUCAUAUGGUCUCUUUUGGUGUUGUUCCUAUACAAAUGCAACACUGCAUCCGCAUUCUACGGUCUUCGAUUCUGUAUCGGAUUAUUCGAAUCUGCAGCCUGGCCCGGAAUCCAAUAUGUCCUUGGAUGCUGGUAUCGUCGAUCGGAACUUUCGCGUCGGAGUGGUCUCUUCGUCAUGUCCGGAGUACUGGGACAAAUGUUCUCGGGUUACCUGCAAGCAGCAUUGUUUAAGGACAUGGAUGGAAAAGCCGGCUUGUCUGCGUGGAGAUGGCUUUUUAUCUUUGAUUUCAUUCUUGCCAUCCCCGUGGUGAUAUACGGCUAUAUCUUCUACCCAGACACACCCCAAAACACCACUGCAUUCUAUCUCUCUGACUGGGAAAGAAAUCGCGCUCGGGAGAGGAUCGACGAAGAAGGCCGUACUCCGGUUGGAAAGCUAGAUGCCUCUGUCUUUAAGCGCAUCUUGGGGUCGUGGCAACUGUAUGCUUUCUCCAUUGCAUACGCCUUCUGGUCCUUGACCUGUGGGUCAUAUGUGAUGCAAUUCUUCGGGCUUUGGCUCAAGUCACUCAAAACAUAUACGGUACCCCAAAUUAACAACAUUCCCACGUCAAUGGGAGCCAUAAACUUUGUCUUCAUGAUCGGCACUGGAUAUGUCGCUGAUAAGAUUGGAAAGCGAGGGCCCGUAUGUUUCGCAGUUGGGUGCCUUCUAACAUUCUGCUUUGCAAUCUUCACCGCAUGGCCAGCCUCCAAUGAAUUGAAAAUGGCCGCUUUCAUUAUCUCGGGAUGUUACGGAUGCUAUACACCUUUACUUGCCGGAUGGGUUAACGCCUCAUGCGGUGGAGAUCAGCAGCUGCGAGCAUUUGUCCUGGCUUUCAUGGUCAGUCUGGGAUCGGCUGUUGUAAUUCCUUUCCAACAGCUCCAAUUUCCGAGUGGACAGGCGCCAAGAUUCACAAAGACACAUGGCUGGGUUAGCGGGCUGUGUUUCGUUGUGGCGUUAAGUCUAUGGACUGGAUUUGGCAUCGACAUUCUUGAGCGCGUUGUGACGCGUGGGAAGCGCAAGGAGCGCAUAGAGCAGCUAGCGGAGGAAGAAAACAAUCUUUAG